AUGGAAGCGGCGUCAGCGCGGUACGCCGCCAGAGACAGGUGGGGAGACAUGAGCAACCAUGACAUGUCACAGCUGCAGCGCUACAUCCAUGCAGCCUGCAGCCCCGAGAACUACGAGCCCAAUCUCGCGCUGAAUCUUGAGAUCGCCGACCUCAUCAACCAGAAGAAGGGUUCUGCCCCGCGCGAAGCCGCCGUCACCAUCGUCGGCCUGAUCAACCACCGCAACCCCAAUGUCUCGCUGUUGGCCCUCAACCUGCUCGACAUCCUCGUCAAGAACUGCGGCUAUCCCUUCCACCUGCAGAUCAGCACGAAGGAGUUCCUCAAUGAGCUGGUGCGCCGCUUUCCCGAACGGCCCCCGGCCAGGCCGUCCCGCGUCCAGAUGAAGAUCCUCGAGGCCAUUGAAGAAUGGCGGCGUACUAUCUGCGAGACGAGCCGGUACAAGGAGGACCUGGGCUUCAUCCGCGAUAUGCACCGCUUGUUGACCUACAAGGGUUAUACGUUCCCGGAAAUCCGCAAGGAGGAUGCGGCGGUUCUGAAUCCGAGCGACAACCUUAAAUCCGCCGAGGAAAUGGAGGAAGAGGAGCGCGAGGCCCAAUCCGCCAAGCUUCAUGAGCUCAUUCGUCGCGGUACCCCUGAAGACCUUCGCGAGGCCAACCGUCUGAUGAAGAUCAUGGCCGGCUAUGAUACACGCUCCAAGGUCGACUACCGUGCGAAGUUUGCCGAGGAAGCGCAAAAAGUCCGCGAGAAGGCCCGCCUGCUCGACGAGCGUCUUGACAACUUCAAGCCUGGUGACAAGCUCGAAGAUGGUGACGUCUUCUCCGAGCUUGCCGCUGCCUUGUGCAGCGCCCAGCCAAAAAUCCAAAAAAUGUGCGAGGAGGAGUCCGAUGACCACGAGGCCGUUGCCAAGCUGCUCGAGAUCAACGACAGCAUAAAUCGGACCAUUGAGCGCUACAAACGCCUCAAGAAGGGCGAUAUCGAGGGCGCCAACCAGGUAGCGAAGGGCGGGUCAAAGUCAGCAGGGAAGAGCAACGAGCUGUCGCUCAUUGACCUGGACGACAACCAACCCGCUCCUCAGCCUGCAGCGCCAUCCACGUCAGCAUCAAAGAUCGAGGACGAUCUGCUUGGUCUGUCAAUAGGCGACACAGGCGGCGGCGGCAGCAGCAGCAGCAGCAGCAGCACUUACGGCCAAACAGGCAGCAUUGCCCUAGGCUUUGGAGCUAACACAAACAUCCCGGGCCCUGCCUUGCUCUCUUCCCUCACCCAGGCUAAUAGCGCCAAGGGCCAGGUUCCGACUUCUACUCCCUCCCCAGCCUCGUUCCCUAGCUUCUCCUUCCCGACCUCUCAAUCAGGCACCCCUCAGCCCCAAAAAUCCGCCUUCUCUCCUCCCCUGCCUCAGCCUCAAGCCGAAGAUCCCUUCGCCGCUCUCGCCUCACUUUCCUCCUCCUCAAAACCGACUUCUCCAUCACCUGCUCCCGCUCCAGCCCCAGCCUUCGCUGCGGCAACCGUCAACAAUGAUGACGAUGAGUGGAACUUUGCUUCCGCCCUGCCUCCAGAAGCCCCCUCUGUGCCAAAAGAGCUCCAGCUGCAGGUCAGCAACUCGAGCUUGCGCAUCGAUAUGGUGGCCAAGCGCCUGACGGACGCGGAUCCGCCUAUCACCUUGUUGGCGUCGUUUAGCAAUAACACGACGCAGAUGAUCACGGAGCUGCAUUUCCAGCUUGCUGUGACGAAGGGUUAUGAGCUCCAACUGCAACCGCAAUCUGGGCGUUCGCUACAGCCGAGGCAAAAUGCCGGGGUGACACAAAAGAUCCAGGUAUUCCGUGCUGGGAAUAGGAGCCAGAGGGUAGAGAGCAUCAAGCUACGGUGGCGGGUGUCGUAUAAGGUGGGCGGGGACCUGAAGCAGGAGAUGGGAGAGAUUUCGGAGUUUAGCGUCGCGUAA